AUGGCUUUCAGCAUCAUUUCACGACUAUCUCAAACUCUCAAAUCAAUGGGUGAUACGGGCUUCCGCCGGGCCAAGGCGAUGCAGUCAUUCAAGUGCGGGAUUUCGGGUGCUCCAAGGCACUUCGAGAUAUUUACGGCCAGUGAUAAGAUCCGAUUCAAGACCUCGCCAGCUCGAUGGAUAGUGAUGAAUGGGGUCGACAUCCGUGACUUGCAGCGAGAGAAUGCCACCUUCUCGACUUAG